AUGCCUUUUUUCUGCAUCAAUAUUACCACAGAAGAGGGGGAGAAAACCUGGGAGGAAGCUCUGGAUCACUGCAGAGAGCAUCAGACUAACCUCAUUAGCCUGGUCUCUGAGACUGAUCAUAUUCUGACACAGAAAAUGUUCCAGAAAGUCAACACUGAGAGGGUGUGGAUCGGCCUGCGUUACCUGGGGGACCGCUGGCUGUGGGUGAAUGGUGACCCGCUGGUGUAUGAGGCCUGGGCCACAGAGGGAGAUCAGGUCCUCCAAUGUCCAAUACUGAAACGCUGUGGAGCUUUAACCAGAGAGGGACUGUGGGAGAGCUGGGACUGCCAGGACAAACUGAAGUUCAUCUGUGACUGA